AUGGCGACCAAAGGAGGGGAAAAGGCCCACGAAGAAGACAUCGAGUCGGGAGCAGGGGUACGGAGUUCUGCUUCUCCGGCAGCCGGCAAGAACGAUCGGAGCGUCGGUUUCUCCGAUGCAGACGAUCGGUCGCGCCGUUCGCACGGCGAAGCCUCGUCGCGUGAUGAUCUGCAGCUCUCCUGCGGAGCUCCUGCGUCUGCUCACGAGGGAAGCGGCGGCGGCGGCGCCCCGGAACCCUACCGGAGCUCCUGCGUCUCUGACGACUCCUCCUCCGUCGAGAUCAUCGACCUGGAGAACGGGUCUCCGGAGAAGAAGAUCAAGGCGGGUAAACCGGACAAGGACUGCCGAAUUUGCCACAUGAAAUUGGUGGGCGGUUCUCCGGAAUCGGGGAUUCCCAUUGAACUGGGUUGUUCCUGCAAGGGCGAUCUAGCGGCAGCUCACAAGGAGUGUGCCGAGACCUGGUUCAAAAUCAGAGGCAACAGGUGAAACCAAAAAACAUUCUGAUUUCGAUUCUUUUCCAUCAGAUUGCGUUCAUAAUUGCUUCUUCGAUGGCUCUCGUCAACUCCGCCAUCUCCAUUCACCUGCUGCUUCUUUUCGAUGCAUUUUUGUGACGACGGGGUUUUAUUUUUUUUCUUGCUCUCAAGAACACGAGCAAGGAGGAUUCACUCCCCUUUGAAGCAAAAAAAAAAAGAAGAUAUUUUUUGAGCAUGAUGCUCGUUCUUCUCAAGUUCCGAAGCUCGAGUGUGUUCUCUCUCUCGUGAUUCUUCUGUAUGAACAUCUGCGGGUGUUCAUCUGUACUUGUUCCAGGACCUGCGAGAUCUGCGGGGCGGCGGCGAGGAAUGUUGCAGGCGAGUUCAUGGAGCAAGGGAACGAGACGAGCGACGGCUCGCCGCCUGCACCGGCGGCGGAGCAGCAGAGGUUCUGGCGCGGGCACCGCUUCGUCAACUUCCUCCUCGCCUGCAUGGUGUUCGCCUUCGUCAUCUCCUGGCUCUUUCACUUCAACGGACCCGGCUGA